UUUCAAAAUAAAAACCAUCUCUUAAUUUGCAUGUACUCGUACUAAUGUAGAUUAAACAUGUUUAAUCUAUAGUACUAACUACUGCAGUGCAGCUAAGUAAUAUUGUACUAUUUUAAUAACUUAGUAGGCUAGACUACUAAAAUAUCUGAACGUCUAAACAGUAAACUCGUUAUAAGGAGAUAACACUAAUAUAUUUGUCAUAAAUUAUAGUAAAUUAUCUUGUUGUUUAUGCUGGAAAAAUUUCAACUGUUGAUUACUAUUUCAAUAUAUAUUUUUUUUGCUAUUUCAUUUCAAAAUAUAUAAUUAGGUUUGAUUAGAAUUACAUAAAUUUAAUUUUUAGUUGAGUUAGUAAAAACGUUUGAAAUGGUAGAUCAAGUUACUUUUCCAGAUACUGUUUCAGUACUAAAGUCAUCAAAUGGUUCUGUAGUUUAUCUUGUUGGUACUGCUCAUUUUAGCAAAGAAAGCCAAGAAGAUGUUGCUCAAGUAAUAAAUGCAGUCAAACCAGAUGUUGUUGUAAUAGAAUUAUGCUACAACAGGAAUAGCAUAUUAACAAUUGAUGAAUCCACUAUUGCCAAUGUUACAGGCAUUACAUUAGAUGAUUUAAAAGGAUCAAUAAAAAAAUUAGGUUUUACUCAAGGUAUAUUUUAUCAAUUGAUGAUAAAUAUAUCAGCAAACAUAUCUCGUGAUCUUGGUAUGAUACCAGGUGGUGAAUUUCGUAGAGCUGUUGUUGAAGCUAAAAAAUAUAGCAGCCACAUUUAUCUGGGUGAUAGACCAGUUGAUAUAACUAUAAAAAGAGUGAUUUCAAUGUUGAGUUGGCCAAAAAGUAUUAAACUAUUAGCACACUUGUUAUUUACUGCAGAUUUUAAAAUUACAAAAGAAGAUGUCGAAAAAUUCAAAAACAAAGACUUACUAGAAACAUUAAUGCAUGAAAUGGCUGCUGACUAUCCAGAGUUGGAGAGAGUAAUAGUUGAUGAAAGAGAUAAAUUCUUAACUCAUAGUUUACAAUGCUGUGCUGGAUUUGUAAUUGAUAAAGCUGGAAAUAAGCCAAAUACAUUGAAUUCAAGACCUCAAGUUGUUGUUGGCGUAGUUGGAUUAGGUCAUGUUGCUGGUAUUAAAAAGUAUUGGGAAAAAAUUACUGAUGAGCAAAUUGCAGAACUUAUUAUAAUUCCGCCUCAAUCAAGAAGUAGCAAAGUUAUUAAAGUUGUCAUCAAGGUUUCUGCCUAUGGUUUACUUUUAUGGGGUGUUUCAAAGAUCCCUGGUGUAAGAUCAUUAUCAAAAAUGGCUUAUGAUGCAGUUACUUCUACAUAUGUUCAAGGAAAAUUUAUAAAAUUACAAUAAACUAUCAAAAAUCAAUAUUCCGUUAUAUGUAUAUUAUAUUUUAUGUCAUAAAUAAUAAAUAGCAAAUACAAUUAUACAAAUAAAUAUAUUUAAUAAUGUAUAGCAAUAAUCAAUGCGAAGAUAAUUAUGAUCAUAUUGAUAUUUCACUUGUAUAUUCUUCAACAAACAUUCCAGGACCUGGCUGUAAUAUGAGUGAUUUAAACAGCUGUCCCAAUCAAAUGUGUAACUGUACUGAUUUGUGCCAAGCACCAAGCUGUGAAUGCUUUGGUACAGCUGGUUAUAAUAAUUAUGAUAAUUUUGGUAAACUAAUUUCAGUUAAUAGGUUAAUUUAUGAAUGUAAUGAUUUAUGUAAGUGCACAUCAUGUCAAAAUCGAAUUGUUCAACUUGGACCCAGAAUUGGCUUGCGCAUUUCUCACUGCAGCAAA